ACCAGACCACAAUCAGCUGCAGAGUCCUGCAAAACCUUGAGCUCAAGGAGCAGCUGGCUGAGCUGCAAGAUGGAUUCAUUACACUUACGAACAACAACGUGGACGUCACCAGUGCUCUGCACUCAGAGCAGCACAUCAAGAAGGAGCUGGCUAAGGAGGCCCAGCUGUAGGAUACACUGGGAGACAUGAAGGAGAUGAUGAAGACGAAGAGCCAAGAGGUUCGGGGUCUGCAGGAGCAGCGAGACCGUCCCCGGCCCACCUGCAGCAGCACAUGACCACCUACCAACAGCUGACCUCCAACAAGGAAGCACUGCACCGGCAACUGCUGAAGCAGACCCAGCUCGUGGAGCAGCAGCAGCAUGAGGAGGUGCAAGGCGAGAUGGCUUUGGAGAUGCCCCACCAGGAGCGGCUGGAAGCCACCAGCCAGGACUACCAGCAGCUGCAGGCCCAGCUGAGCCUCCUGGCUGUCCCCAAGGAAAGAGGUGGAGUUGAUAAGAUGAAACGGCUUCCCAGCCUGAUGUCACCAUCCUGGAGGACCAAGACAGCUCAGAAGCCAUGGUGGCAUUUCUUAGUGCCACUCUCACCAGAGCUGAGGAAGAGAAGGCCAGGUGCCAGGGGUAGCUGAGGAAGCAGUAGGCGCACUGCCAGCACCUGGCUCAGCUGGCAGGCCUGGCUCCUGGGAGUGAGGGCAGCUGUACAUGCAGGCAGAGUCACCAGGCCCUACAGGUACCCGUGGAGAAGCUGCAGAGCCACUUCCUGGAGGUUGUGCAGGAGAAGCUGGAGUUCAGGAAGCAGUUGAAGGAACUAGAAUAUCGCUAUGUCCAGCUAUCCAGAGCCAUGUAUACCAUGGUAGAGUCUGUUGCGCUCUACAAAAGUGAGAGAGCAGUGCCAAAGACACAACAGGGUGCCUUCUAAGAGGUAACCCUCACCGAGAUUGUGGAGCCCAUACAAGGAGAGGCUGAGGUGGCGCAGCCCACUGAUGGGCUGCGUGAGAUCCAGAAACCAAGGGGAGCAGGAAGGCUUGGGCAACCUGUGCAUUCCCUUCUUCUACCAGGAUCAUGGGGAGGAUGGGAGGCUUAUGCUGAUCUAACACACUUAACAGCUCAAUCCUGGAGAAGUGAGGCUGCGUCUCUGCCCCAUCCAAAUCCUGUCACUGCUUCCCAGUCACCCUUUCAUAUUCAGAGUAGCAAUAUCAAACCCUCUGUUUUAACAGGGUACAUAAAAUAGCUUCAUAUCCCAUGCCAUUAUAGCAAAGGCUAAGUCUUCAUUUUUAAACUUCUGUUCUCACAAAAGAGCCAGCUCCCAUCUUCUUUAGGGCAGGAUUGGAUUGGCCAGGAACCAUUUUCAGGGGCCUCCAGGCAGUCCAGGAUUGCCAUAGACCAGGAGAACACAGAGUCCACAUGUUCAUGUGAUAUGGUAUUCAACAGUGAACUGGAAAAUGUUCAACUAGUUUAAGUCAUAGUAACAUUUUGUAGUUUUAGA